GGUGGACGCCAGUUGUGCGGUUCGCUCGGUGUUUCCUUUUUCCUAUUCGAUACGAAGCAAUUUGCGUGCGUGCCGCGUCGUGUGUGACAACUGCAGAUACAUAUAUGUAGUAUCCAUAUACAUAAUAUAUACGAAAUUUAUUUACACAUAUACGAAAGUAUAUAGAGUGAAUCAGUGAGUGCGUUGGCCUCUGUCUGAGAGUUUUCUGGCCAUAAAUUAAUGUUUAAUGCGAAUGUGAAUGCGAAUGCAGGCCACACAGUUUCUUUCAACCAGUCCAUAUGUAGUUAGAUCUGAUACAAAAUAAUACAAACAUCAGUGUGGUGCCCAAGUGGAUGGGUGACCUUUGCCUUUGCCCAGUGCCCAACUACCAAGAGCCCAAGUUCCCAGUGUUAUGAGAACUUUUGUCGUCUCUCGUGUCGCCGCCUGUGCCGUGCGUGCGUCGGAGUAGAUCACUUUAAAAAUAACAGAUUUGUUUGAUGCUAUUUAUAAAAGUCGUGCCAAGUUUUCGUUCCGUUUCAUUUUGUGUUGUAGCUUUCGGAUUUCGGCUUUCGGAUUUUUGAUUUUGGUGUCGUCAUUCCCCAAACUUGAUGUCUCUUGUAUGCACUUGAAAGCCAACUGAAUAUAUCGCAAUAAUAUUGUAAAAUAUAAUAUCAUAUCUGUGUGAAACCGUUUCGGUCGCAAUGUAAGCAGCAAAAAUGGCAACGGAUUUAAUCGGCACAAAUUUCAGCAGCACAUUGACAAAUGGGAUGUCGGGGUGUGAUCAAAGCACUGUCGAAUCAUUGGCCGAUGAUCCAACAGAUUCACCAUUCGAUGCCGAUGAUUGUCUCAAAGUUCGCAAGUACUGGUGCUUUCUGCUGUCCAGCAUCUUUACAUUCCUUGCUGGCCUGCUCAUUGUGCUGUUAUGGCGGGCAUUCGCAUUCAUCUGCUGCCGCAAGGAGCCCGAUCUGGGACCCAACGAUCCCAAGCAGAAGGAGCAGAAGGCGUCCCGCAACAAACAGGAGUUCGAGGGCACCUUUAUGACAGAAGCAAAAGACUGGGCUGGAGAGCUUAUCUCGGGUCAAACAACAACUGGUCGAAUUUUGGUCGUACUCGUAUUUAUACUCAGCAUUGCAUCCCUCAUUAUAUACUUUGUUGAUGCAUCUAGCGAAGAAGUCGAAAGAUGCCAAAAGUGGAGUAACAACAUUACUCAACAGAUCGAUCUCGCAUUCAAUAUAUUUUUUAUGGUUUACUUUUUUAUACGAUUCAUAGCGGCGUCCGAUAAGCUUUGGUUUAUGUUAGAAAUGUACAGUUUUGUAGAUUAUUUUACAAUACCCCCGUCCUUCGUAUCAAUAUAUUUAGAUCGAACAUGGAUCGGUCUUCGAUUUCUUCGAGCGCUACGUCUCAUGACUGUUCCAGAUAUUUUACAAUAUUUAAACGUACUAAAAACAUCGAGCUCCAUACGCUUGGCUCAACUAGUAUCAAUUUUUAUAUCCGUGUGGUUAACAGCAGCGGGCAUUAUACAUCUGCUGGAGAACUCUGGCGAUCCGCUGGAUUUUAAUAAUGCUCAUCGUUUAUCGUAUUGGACCUGUGUCUAUUUCCUAAUUGUGACCAUGUCAACGGUAGGAUAUGGUGACGUUUACUGUGAGACUGUCCUGGGAAGAACAUUUCUCGUGUUCUUUCUGCUCGUCGGCUUGGCAAUGUUUGCCAGCAGUAUACCGGAGAUAAUUGAACUCGUCGGUAGUGGCAAUAAGUAUGGCGGUGAACUGAAAAGAGAACACGGAAAGAGACAUAUUGUAGUAUGCGGUCAUAUAACAUACGAGUCCGUGUCGCAUUUCCUGAAGGACUUUCUCCACGAAGAUCGGGAGGAUGUCGAUGUCGAAGUGGUCUUUCUCCAUCGUAAACCACCCGAUUUGGAACUUGAGGGUUUGUUCAAACGUCAUUUUACCACCGUGGAGUUCUUCCAAGGAACCAUUAUGAAUCCGAUUGAUCUGCAAAGGGUUAAGGUUCACGAAGCCGAUGCCUGCCUUGUGCUAGCUAACAAAUAUUGCCAAGAUCCCGACGCAGAAGAUGCUGCCAACAUCAUGAGAGUAAUCUCCAUCAAGAACUACAGCGACGACAUCCGCGUCAUCAUCCAGCUGAUGCAGUACCAUAAUAAGGCGUACUUGCUCAACAUACCAUCGUGGGACUGGAAACAGGGAGAUGAUGUCAUCUGCCUGGCCGAGCUGAAGCUGGGCUUCAUUGCCCAGAGCUGCUUAGCCCCGGGCUUCUCCACUAUGAUGGCCAAUCUGUUUGCCAUGCGAUCGUUCAAGACGUCACCAGACACACAGGCCUGGCAAAAUGAUUAUCUUCAAGGUACAGGGUGUGAGAUGUAUACCGAAACCCUAUCACCUUCAUUUACCGGCAUGACAUUCCCACAAGCCAGCGAACUGUGUUUCUCCAAGCUGAAACUGCUGCUGCUCGCAAUUGAGAUCAAGGGAGCCGAGGAGGGUGUGGACAGCAAAAUUUCCAUAAACCCGCGUGGGGCCAAGAUUCAGGCCAAUACGCAGGGCUUUUUCAUAGCACAAAGCGCCGAUGAGGUGAAGCGUGCCUGGUUCUAUUGCAAAGCCUGCCACGAGGACAUCAAGGACGAGACGCUGAUCAAGAAAUGCAAAUGCAAAAACUUGGCCACCUUCCGGAAAGGCGUCCGAGCCGUACAAAUGGUUGGGCGUGCAAAAGACGAUGAAUACUCGUUGUCAAAUGAACACCAUCCUGCACCCACAUUUACGCCUCCAGAGCUACCCAAACGGGUGCAUGUGCGUGGAUCUGUAUCGGGUGAUAUCACACGUGACAGAGAAGAUACGAAUCUACUCAAUCGCAAUGUGCGCCGUCCUAAUGGCACUGGCAACGGUACAGGUGCCAUGCAUCAUAUGAACAACACGGCUGCUGCAGCCGCUGCUGCUGCCGCGGCGGGCAAGCAGGUAAACAAGGUGAAGCCCACGGUGAAUGUGAGCCGGCAAGUUGAGGGUCAAGUUAUAUCUCCAUCGCAGUACAACAGGCCACCAGAGAAUGAUGCUAACCCUUAUGCGGGCUAUCAACUUGCUUACGAAGUUAAAAAGCUCAUGCCGACGAGUCGCAGCUCCGGCACGGGUACUCAGAAUCAAAAUGGCGGCGUUUCAUUGCCCGCCGGAAUAGCGGACGACCAGUCAAAGGACUUUGAUUUCGAGAAGACCGAAAUGAAGUAUGACUCGACGGGCAUGUUCCACUGGAGUCCGGCAAAGAGCUUAGAAGACUGCAUACUGGAUCGCAACCAGGCGGCCAUGACAGUGCUGAAUGGUCAUGUGGUCGUCUGUCUGUUCGCCGAUCCCGACUCGCCGCUGAUCGGUCUGAGGAAUCUGGUGAUGCCCUUGCGGGCGUCCAAUUUCCACUACCACGAGCUGAAGCAUGUGGUGAUAGUAGGAUCGGUGGAUUACAUUCGGCGCGAGUGGAAAAUGCUGCAAAACCUGCCCAAGAUAUCGGUGCUCAAUGGCUCGCCACUGAGUCGUGCCGACCUACGGGCGGUCAACGUCAAUCUGUGUGAUAUGUGCUGCAUACUGUCGGCCAAAGUUCCUAGCAACGAUGAUCCCACGCUGGCCGACAAGGAGGCCAUCCUCGCCUCGCUCAACAUCAAGGCCAUGACCUUCGAUGACACGAUCGGCGUGCUCAGCCAGCGCGGCCCAGAAUUCGACAACCUGAGCGCGGCCGCUGGCAGCCCGAUUGUGCUGCAGCGUCGCGGCUCAGUUUAUGGCGCCAAUGUGCCCAUGAUUACAGAACUGGUCAAUGAUAGUAACGUGCAGUUUCUCGAUCAAGACGACGACGAUGAUCCAGAUACAGAGCUGUAUCUGACGCAGCCCUUUGCCUGCGGCACAGCCUUCGCUGUGAGUGUGUUAGACUCACUGAUGUCCACGACAUACUUCAAUCAAAACGCCUUAACGCUGAUCCGCUCACUGAUUACGGGCGGAGCCACACCCGAGCUGGAGUUGAUUCUGGCCGAGGGAGCCGGCCUGCGCGGUGGCUACAGCACCGUGGAAAGUCUGAGUAAUCGCGACAGAUGUCGAGUUGGCCAGAUAUCGCUAUAUGAUGGCCCGCUGGCGCAGUUUGGGGAAUGCGGCAAGUACGGGGAUCUGUUUGUGGCCGCCCUCAAGUCGUACGGCAUGCUGUGCAUUGGUCUGUACCGGUUCCGAGACACCAGCUCCAGUUGUGAUGCGAGCAGCAAACGAUAUGUAAUAACCAACCCACCCGAUGACUUUUCACUACUGCCAACAGAUCAGGUAUUCGUUUUAAUGCAAUUCGAUCCGGGGCUGGAGUACAAGCCGCCAGCGGUACGAGCACCCGCCGGCGGACGCGGCACCAACACACAAGGCUCCGGGGUCGGUGGGGGCGGCUCCAAUAAGGAUGAUAACUCUUGAUUGUUACUGUGUAGCGCCUUAACUGAUGGUCCUUAUUCGUACAUUUGAACGGUGGAGACGAUCAUUGAAUGCAGAGCAUCGCAUUUCUGGCACUUUUAUACAAAACUAUUGGCAUAAGAUUCGAUUCACAAACAAACCCCGACAAAGAAAUAUUUGUAUGUAUAUUGUACCAUGUACAAAACUGAAAUCAAAAGCGUUAACUAGUUAGAAAUACCCUACAAAACCUGGGGGCCAGAAAGUGUGUUGCUCUGUCCCUUUAUGUGUGUGGAGGCAUGCGACGCGAUGUACUUUGUCCAUCCCAAAUAACAAUCAAGAGACAGCCCGAACGAGCCAACGCAAGCGCAACUGCAACUGCAACUGUAACGUCAACGGUAGCGCCGCCUGCCUUCACAUAUAUUAAGGGAAUUAAUUCAGAUCAGGAGAGCCAGAACAUCAUCUCCGUUAUCCAUCGUUCAAUUGCCAACUGAUUGCUUCCCACAUCAUUCCGUAUGCCUUUUUAGAACCUUGAAAUUAACAUAUAUAUUCUCUAUUCUAUGUAAUUAUUUAUAAUUUUACCACCUUUCCUAUUCUUUAUUGGUUUAUCUGCCACACAAUUUAUUAUUAUUCUUUUUAUUUUGUAAUCUUUACUGUGCCUCAAUAAAAUAUUCUUGUUUAUGCGUUGAGUUUAUGAUUUGGAUACCAAUCAAUCCCAGCUCGAUUUAGUUAUUGAAGCAACAAUCAUUAGUUAUAUCAAUGGGUAUGUAUUUAUAUAUGAGUUCGUUAAACAAUCAUUUACACUAACAUUUACAUUUAAAUUUGAAUUCACAUAUUUACUCACUAAUUUCAUGUCAUUUUGAUUUACAUUUGAGUUCACUUCAUGGCGCUAUCAUUGCAUAAGAAUUAAUUGAACAAUUCUAAACGAAAAUCCAUCUCAAUGGUGUGACGUAAGCAAUUGGGAACCAUUAGUGAGGUAAGCUACACAUUAAACAAGGAAAACGGCCAAUCGACCAGACAAGAUCGAUUGGCACAAGCUACAACUAAUACUAAGUCUAAGUACUAAACGAAACACAAAACACAAUCUAUGUACUUUCACCGACACCAACAACUGUAUCAGAGUCUUUCUCUAAGCUGCAGUGCAGUCUAGCAGCAGUAAUUACGCAACAAUUUAUACUUAACACACAUAGAAAAUCAACCAGUUACAGAUGCGAGCAUAGGUAGAGAUGAUAUAUCGGGCAUUUUGUAUCCUGUAUCCAUGUCUGCAUACAGGGCGAAAAGGCUAAAACGAAUUGUUGUGCCUGCAUACAAAUUCAAAAACUGCAUUUAGAAGUUUCUGAGCAUGCGCAAAAUGAUUUAUAUAGAGCGAGUCAUACUGAAAAACAUUUAACUUUAAAGGUAUAACUAAACACAAAUAAUGAUUAGCGACUAUUAAAGGCCAACAAUCAGCUAGCUAAUUCGUACACUUAAAGCAAAUGCAACUACAAAUACAAAGCUCGGCUCGAAUACGACAUUUUAUUAAAGCUAGAAAGCAGGGAAAGCUAGAGUAAAGCAAGGUUGUUUCAGCAAAGGAUAACCACGAAUGGAACCACUACCCAAGCAAGAAGCUACAAGAAUAACACAUAAGUAAUGCUUUUUAACUCGACUUAACAUGUCAACUCCAUGUGGGACAUACUACAACUUUGCUAAUUCAAAAUUCAGAAACUUUUCACACUCACAUCUUCACCAACAAAUACACACAAAAUACUCAAAACCAAAUACUGUAAGUAGCGCAUUCAAAUCAUUAUCAAAUCUAGAGUACACCUAUACCUAGGGGUAUAGAGUGCCACGAUCAGUUGAUGAAAAUGUAGUUAGUAAUAUUUUUUAGUGUAUGUGAAUGUGCGCGCUUUUUACCAGCGAUUUACGAGCAGCAUCUGUGGUGUUCUAAACAAUUUUUGAUAGAUACAAUCGGUAAAUCAAAUCGAAGGACGACAACGUACGUUCUGUGUUCUGUUUUUCUCAGACUUUUCUCCUUCUCCGAUCUGUAGUUCUACAAUUCUAUAACUUUCACGCACCUGCGCUCGAGCCGCCAAAAGGGUAACGCUCUGUUUUUUGUACAUAGCAUGUAAAUAUAUUAAGUAACUCCAGAUAGUAUCUCGGAUAUGUUAUCGUUUCGUUGUGCAACCAGUUUUCGGUACCAUAUAAUUGUAAUUUGUUCAAAUGAUAAACACUGCCAAAGCGUAUAGAAAUCACAUUAAAUGUAGAUCAGCCAACCAAAAGCAGACAGCAUUCAUCCGAUUAAAUGGGUAACACAAUACCAAAAGCGUAACAAGAACACGGCACAGAGCAGCAGCAUACAAUGAUUAGGUUUGUUUCCACCCAUGAUUAGCCAAUAACAAAUUUAAGUAAAACGAAUUCGAGCUUUUAAAAUUAAUACAUCAGAAACCAAAUGGGAGAUCGUAAGGGAAAUAAGUGAAUGAGAUUAACGAGUUCAUUUUUGUUUUGUAUCUGAUUUGUAGGGGAAUUUUGUGUAGGCUUACCCAGAACGUAAACUUAAAUAAAUAUGUGAAUAUUAUGCGCCUUCGAAAUUGAUGUAAACGUGUAUGUAGCCGUGCAAUGUGAGAAAACAUUUCAACUUCAUUUAAAGUAAACGUUAAAGUAAAGGUAAAAGGAUUAGUCAGGUGUAAAUGUUAACGAAUGAAGAGCAUAGCAUAGCUUAGCAUAAAACAUAAGACGACUAGAUAUCGUGGCAAGAAGUUCAUUAUUGUUAAUGCUAAAAUUAAAACUAAACAUUAAAUCGAUUAACAACAACCGCAUUUGCAAUCCUAAAUUAACAAGAGAUAGACAACCAGCGAGAGGAGUAGCGAAAACCCAAAAGUUAAACAUAAUUUUUAAAUGAAAAACUAGGCAUUACAUUUAUAGAAAUUUCACAUACUCAUACACAAAUACACACCAAGCCACACAAGAACACACACAAAACACACACCUACACAAACACAACAGCGAAGACCCCAACAACAAGAACAAAAUGAACUCUCGAUGUUGUGAAACUUGAUAAAAUCAUGUUUACGCUAUAGCAGAUCAAUAGGAAAACAACUAAUAUACCACAAACUAUUCAGAAACAUACCCAAAGCCUACCCAAAAGCUUCUUGAUAACAUAACAAAAUUAACCCUAAGCAAAUAUCGAUGAAAAAACUCUUCGACAAAGCUGCCUUUGCCAUUUACAUUUAAAAUUGAAUAAAGUUCGAAAACUUUUCCACUUCGCUUCAUCGACAAGUUCUCAGCAGCUUUGUU